GUUGCAUUCAUCAAACUUCUCCAUGCAGCUUCUCUGGAUGACCCAGUUGCUAAACUAGAUGAUGCAGCCCUCCAUAGACUAUGCAACCCCCUGUGCACCCAACUUGAAAUAGAUGAUGAUGUAAUCUGUUUUGGACUCAAGGUGUAUUUCUCACUCAAACACUCUGCAAUUUUGGCAUAUGAAUCCAUACAACAAUCUGCUGCAUGCUGUUUUGAAGGGAGGGCCAUAUCCAUCCCAAGCUAUUACAAUAUCGAGAAGCUCAUCACUGAAUAUACUGGAGUUGAGUCAAUCGAACAUGAUAUGUGUCCUGAUAGUUGUGUGGCCUUCACAGGCCCAUACUCUGCACUUGACAAAUGUCCUAUAUGUGAGGAGGAUCACUAUGAUGCCAUCAAACUGUGA